ACAUGGUACAGAGAAUGAUAGUUCGAUGGAUCGAUUGUGCGUGCAUUAGAGAUUUGUACUGGUCCAUGGAGCGCCUGCGCCGGAUGACAGUCUGCUACAAACAUGGCGGGACUAGAAGAGUUUGGAAGAUCUGAGAUGACAAGGACCUUUAAUGAGGUGAUGAAGCCAGCAGGACACCACGCUGUCCUCUCGAGGUCUCCCUCGGCUACGCAGGGGGACAGGAGAGUGUCGGCCUUCUCCAGUCACACUCCCUCCCCACACCGCCUCGACGGAGCUGUUGUGAACUACCCAGCAGGAGGAGAUCCACAGUGUCACCAAGUGGAGUCACCACAGAGGUCAGACUGUGGUGCCAUAGCAAUCGAGGCCCCCACUUCGCCACUGAUCAAGAUUAAGGAUGAACCGAUAGACGAGGACUACGACGCAGCCCUGCUGCCUCAGUCCUCCAGCAGACAGGUCAAAGAGGAGCUGGAGAACCAGGAGGAUGAGUUGAGGAUCAGCUCUGUGUACUCGGUGGGAGGAGGACCCUCGUACAGCGCCCCCAGUGUUGCAGGUCCCACCACCCACACUCCCUCCAUAUUUGGUCCUGGGAGGAGCUUGGCUCCAGCCCCAUUGGUCCAGCCUCCCCUGGCUCCGCCCCCCCCUGGCAGAGGCGGUAGCUCUGCUAACAUCAGGUGCAGCGGCUGCUCCAAGGUGCUGUUAAAGGGACAGACGGCCUUCCAGAAGAAGGGUUCCACCCAGCUGUUCUGCUCCACCGUCUGCCUCACUGGCUUCCUGCCUCCAACUGUCCCGGCCCGGCCCUGCCACCAGUGCCUCAAGGAAAUUGAGAACCCUAUGAAUGUGCCCAGUGUUGUGGUGGACAACAACCUUAAGGACUUCUGCAGCCCUGUCUGCCUGUUUGCGUUCAAUUGCCAAAAGAAGACUGAUCCCGCUGCUCCAGAACUUCCUUUCUGCAGCAUUUGCAAGAAGUCCAACGAGGUUCAGCAUGAGGUAACCUAUCACGGUGAGCUCCAUAGACUGUGCAGCGACGACUGCUUUUUCACAUGGCGCUGCAACCGCAACCUGGCCAUAAACUUCUGCGAGAACUGUGGCAUGUACUGCAGCAGUAAAGGAGGCGGAUGCCAGAACCUGACCAUUGGAGACGUCAACAUGAGGUUCUGCAGUCCCACCUGCAUCAGCACCUAUAAACAGACCUGCUCCAAGCUGAUGAAGUGUAAUCACUGUGGUAACGAGGUGAUGGUGUCCACUAUGUUGGUGAGCAACGACCCCUUGGGCAAGGUUAAACUGUACUGCAGCUCCACCUGUGUCAGCUACAGCCGGCCUCCACAACACAUCCUCUCUGGAACCCCGUUCCCCUGCACCCACUGCAAAGUGAACGCUGUCCCUCAGUACCACCUCGCCAUGGUGGACGGAAGCAUCCGGAACUUCUGUUCCCACGACUGUGUCACCACCUUCAGGUCUGAGCAGAGCAGAGCUCCGCUCACCGCUCAGAUGAACGGCACGUCCACCAAUCCCCUGGCCCCUCCUCAGCCUGACCUUCCGGGGACAGGCUCCUCCCCCUACGGCCUCUCUCCACUCUCCUCCUCCCGGCCAGUUGCCCCUGGUUACCCCGACGCUCCCAGCCAGACCUCCGCAGCGCCCUGUGCAUCCACCCCAGGCUCGUCCAGACCGUACGAGCAGCCACAGCAGGGCCUCACCCCCCUCUCUACCUCGCGCUUCACCGGGCCCAUCACGCUAGACAAGAGCUGCUCCCAGGAACCCUCCUCCAGGCCUGAACUCUUGCACACGGAGAGCACUGAGACAGAUGCUGUGGCUCCUCACUGGGACGUGAAGAACGAGGCGAUCAUGUGUCGACCUUUCACACACAACCAGGAGACACUGUGCAACCUCCCAACCCAGACCACACACACACCAGCAGGCUUCUCUGGGUGUAGUUUCACCACCACUAUAAACGAGGAGAAGGUGAAAGUGGUGCUUCUUCCCAUCCCUGUGCCAGUCUUCAUACCCGUGCCCAUGAACAUGUACUCCCAGUACAUGCCGGUUCCCAUGCCGAUGCCCAUUCCUGUCCCUGUGCCUGUGGUGUUACCGUCCGCCCCGAGUGGCUCACAGUCCAAGGAACCACAUGACCCACUCGUCCAAUCACAGGGCAUUGCUGAGGAGGUUGAGGAAGUUGAGAAGGACAAACCUGUCUCCCAUGGAGACCAGGGAAGUACUUACAGUGGAGAUUUGGAGUCUGAGGCUAUCUCCACCCCUCUUAGCUGGGAAGAGGAAUCCAACCCUGCACCCAGCAGUCAGCGAGGAAGGGGUCCAGUGGCUGUGGACCCCCCCAGCACCUCUGAGCCGGGGGCCAUGGACUUGGAGGCUGACAUCCCCACUGAGCGGUGUGACGCCUCUGAGAGGGCUGUCCUCAGGAAGCAGCAGAGGCUGGCUGGACGUAAACGACCCAGAGAAGGUUUCUCUCCCACGGAGCGCAUUGAUAGACAGUUCUAUAACUGUUGGAUACAGGUUGAUACUAAUAAAAAUCCAAAGAGAGCGCGUGUUUGCGAACAACAGGUAGCAGAUCAAGCAAAGGCUCUACUAACACUACGAGAACAAAUGGUUGCAAAGAAACCGGCCACUGAUAUCAGCCAUAUCAAUACAGCAAUAUCCAUCGAUGCAGUGGAACUUAAGAAAGCAGAGUUGAGGAAUCAGCUGAAGAGGCGUUCAGAGGAGGACCCGUCUCCGAGGGCGGAGGUGCAGCUGGCAACAGACGAACUGAUAAAGACAUUGGAAGAGACCAGGAAAGCGUUGGACGACAGCCAAUCGACAAUGGAGGAGACCUGGAACGCACUCGCCGAGCUCCAGGAAGAAGCAUCGACGGAGAACCAGGAAGAAGCAUCGACCGAGAACCAGGAAGAAGCAUCGAACGAGAUGCAGGAAGAAGCAUCGACCGAGAUGCAGGAAGACAACGGAAUGACGAUUCAACCGCCGCCGAUCAGUCCGGACGACGGUGAUCUGCGCACAGAGCAGUGCUCACCCCUAGUUGGAAGAAACGUCCAUCCAGACAUUGAUAUCCCUGUUCUGACCCCUGACGUAGAACAAUUGAUCAGCAAGCUUAGUUGGGGCUGCAGUAACCAGUACUCCUCUCUUCUUUUCCGUUUGGCAGUAACGGAAGACAAAUAUAACGAGUGGGCAACGAACACCGACUGGGAUGGUUCGAGAGGCAAAUGGGCAUUGCCAAUCAACCUCCGACAGUUCAUGAUGGAUGCCGUUAGGAACAAGUUUCCAACGAUGAAUGAUAAAGACGGAAUACAUGUGAAAAACGGAGUGAAUGAAUACUUGCGGAUACCUAUGAAGACUGGUGCCCGUGCUAUACAUAUCUAGCCUAUUUGUAAAGAUGCAAUAUUGUCUGACAAUACACACUACACACCCAUUCCAUCCCCCAAAAUCUGUCUUUUCGUUAGACCAAACAUGACAAUCGAUAAGUAGAUUCAACUAUUUGAUACUUAUAUUUUAUUUUUAACUGUUUAUAAAAGCAAUGGCUCACUGCAGGUGAGCUGUGAAAUAAAGAUAAAUACCACUG